AUGGUCUCACUAGAGACGGUCAACACCCCAAUAACACCACCACCUCAGACGACCGGCACGGUUUCUGAGGUACCACCAUCCGGUGGCCCGCCACCUUCUCUUGCAACAGUUGCGCCUUCCGUUACAACCCACAUACCAAUACCCACACUGAAUAGUGUAACCCCGUCGUUGUUCCCCAACGACGGCGGACCCAAUACGCCUAUUUCACCUUCUAUACCACUGUAUUUUCCCAACACCGGCGGAUUAAACAACGUUGGUUACAGUUUCUUACCACCACCCAUACACACCCCAAACGAGCAACGACAAACGACACUCAUAACACCACCGUCAAUCGGGGUUCCCUCGCUAACAACGCCAGUGAUAACGCUGCUAACGGCCCAAACGUCGUUUUCCAAGCGCAAAACCACCCACCGCUAG